GUUGGAGCAUUCGGCCGCGUCUGGUUGGUGCGCAAAACGGAUAAUGGCCAGCUUUAUGCGAUGAAGUUAUUGAACAAACGCGAUGUGGUUGAGCGGCGUCAGCUUGCACAUGUGCAGGCAGAACGCGAUAUUCUGGCAGAAGCAGACAACGAGUGGGUAGUUAAGCUUUUCUUCUCCUUCCAGGAUGCCCGAGCCCUUUAUCUGGUUAUGGAAUAUAUACCAGAUUAUUGGGAUUUUAGUAGACGACUUGAUCGACUUAAUGCUCCUUAUAUUAUUACUCAAUGCACAAAGCAAAAGGCUCAGUAUGUUGUGCAUUCGUCUCAUUAUAAAUACAUUCGGGCUUAA